GACAGCUGUUAUUUGUCAAACUGAAAUUGUGCUGAAAUUUUGAUUUUUAGAGGUUAUAAAAUAAUGUUACGAAACGAGCAAUCUAUAGUAAAAUAGUACUGCAAAUAAUAAUAACAACAUAUUCGGCAGAAAAUACUAUGAGAAUACGAAGACCAAGAUAUCUGACUAACGGGCAAAUAGUUUUAGUAACCGUUUUAGGAGUAAUUGGCGGAGUAUAUAUUUGGCAGCCAUUGAUUGCAGAAUAUUAUAUGAAAAAUAAUCAAAGUGCUCAGAAACCCUCCACAAAAACCCCAAGUUCCCAGUAAAAUGACACCAGUAUCCUCUUCAUGGGUCUUGCAGUUGCAGGCGUUGUAGUUGUAGUAAAUAAGAUGUGGAUCAAACCCUAUCUUACAAAACAAAGAUACAAACAAGCAGAAGCUUGGGCCCAAACAAUUAUUGAAAUGGAAGAAAGGGAAUCAAAUAGGGAAUUAAAUGAAUAAUGCUUUAACCCAUUGAGCCCCAAGCGGCCUGAUCGGUCCCAGACACAAUAGAUUUUAUAUUAUUGUGUCUAUGGUUCCGGGGCCU